CAUUGUGGGAUUCUUUGGGUGAUUAGUUCUAUGUCAGCUUGGAUGCCUGGCUUCACUGUGUGUGGGUUCAAACAACAGGCAGUUUAUGAUGGCUAACAUAAAUACCUCAGAGGAAAUAGCGGUGACCAUUCAACAGAUUAAGGAAGGCCCAAAAGCCAAACUUCGAGAGCUCUGUAAACAAUAUGGACUCCCUGUUUCAGGAACAAGGGUGUACUUUCAAAGAGUUCUGUGUCAAAGACUUGGCAUUGAUCCAAAAUCUGUCAUUGUUCAAAAAUCCACUUCACGUUCAAACAGUCAUGGAGAUUGUUGCAGUGUUGCUGGAUGCCGAAGUCGCCGGGGCAAAGACACUCAUAUUCGGUGGUUCACAGUCAUUAGAAAAAAAGGAAGUCAUACUGCAGCCAUAACAAAAGCAAUCCAACUUACAAGAGAAGGUUGGACUCCAACAAUGUAUUCUCGGAUUUGUGGCCAACAUUUCAGUUGUGGCCAGUUGUCUUUUGAGCCAAGUUCUCCUGACUAUAUUCCGCAUUUAUACAUGCAGCCUACAGAGAAAGCAACAACACCACACUCCACCUUUUGGCCCAAAGACUGUUCAGAAAAGGCCAUGGACUUGACUAACAAGAGCAACAUUAAAACCUCUUCAGUUCACAUUCCAGGUCCAUCUCAUCUCGAUUUCACAAACCAAUAUCCACGUAUGAACUCUUCAGGUAGAACCUUUCUUCAGUCGACUUCUGAGGAUCCUCAUCUCUUUAACACAUUUGAAACAGAACCCAAGCAUUACACAAUGCCUCAUGACAAUAUGUCAGACCAGACAUCAAUGACUGCCCAGCAAGUCAAAGAACACUCUAAAGGCAAACUGCGAGAUCUGUUCCGACCUCAUGGUCUCUCCGUCUCAGGAACUAGGCCUUACUUUCAGAGAGUUCCCUGUCAAAAGUUUGGCCUCACCUCUAAAGCUGUGGUUCCCUUUAAAAAACCUGCUGCCAAAAAGUUUGUUACUCUUAGUACAAAUGCCUAUGAAAGCUCUUGCUGUAUUCCUGGAUGCCCAAACCGUCAUGGCAAGGACAAUCACGUACGAUGGUUCACUGUUAUUCGAGAAUCAGAAGCACACACUGCAUCUUUGAUGAGAGCUAUACGAUUCACUAAUCCAGGGUGGACACCAACAUUUCAUUCUAAAAUAUGUGGUCGACAUUUCUUUUCGGGACAGAUUUCAUUUGUCCCUGGGUCUCCUGACUAUGUACCUCACUUAAACAUGAGUCCCACAUUUAGAGUCGUUACUAAGGACAGACGCAGAGAAAUUGAAUGCAGAGGCAACCCUGCUUCAGUUUCAAUCAACAGCAAAAAUCCAUCCAUUUGUUAUUCAGUAAACGAGGACAAAAUUGUGAAUCCACCAAACACGGAGGUACAAAACUUCAAGAGCCUUCAUCUACAUCCUACUCUGAAAACACGAAACAAGGAUGAUGAAUAUCUUGGCAAUGCUCCUUCUCCUGGUGCAUGGGAAGAAGAUGGUGAUGCUAGUGAGGAUGAAAUGGAUACUCAAGGUGGUUGGCAACCAGUCCUAUCCAGAGACUCUUCUCCUGAGGCACUAGACUUCAGCACAACCAAUCGAGCUAAAGCUGAGAGAAGACUUGAACUGUCUGUGACUGUGAAUGAAAGUAGCUUUGGUCAGAGUGACUCAUUUGGGAGGCAGAGUGAUGCUUUUAAAAAUAAAGAGCAAACUUUAUUACAAAGAGGACAUUCUCUGGAUGAAGAUCAGAAUGAUUAUAUGAGCUCAAGUGAACUUGUUGCUGUGCCUUUAGGGGAAGAUAAUGACAAUGAAGUUGAUUUUGAUCCAGUGGACAGUCCAAGGAUUCAGCACUCUCAAACUAACCAAAUUACUCUUAGUGAUAAUUUUGAAGAUGGAAAUGGAGUUGAACAGGGCGUAUUUAGUGAAGCUGAGGAAAAGAGGAGGAAGACUGAGCUUGAUGAGCUAAAAUAUAGAAAGCAGCCAAUUGAAAACAAACGCGAUGACUAUGCAUCAGAUGGUGCGAACAGUUUUGAGAAGGCCUUGCUGUUAAAUGAUUCUGACAGGCGCUUUGAAUGUGAAGAUGAGAAUCGGGACAUUCACAAAACAACUUUAUGUAAUGACAAUGAAAGUAAUUUGACUUUGCAUAAAACGGAACUGUUUAAUAUUGCUGAAAAUGGAGAUGCUAUUUCGAGAGCACGAAGUAAGCUCACUGUGGGUGAAGAUGAAAAAUCUGCUGCAUUAUUACGCAAAUCAGUUCUCCUGAAAGAAUCUGUUGGAUUUCCAAUGAAAAGAUCAGAAAAGAAAGACUUUAUGUCAGAGACAAGGUUAGCAAUUAAAGAUUGUUUGCCAACAAUGGUUGACUGUCUUACGAGAGGGGCUGUGGAAAGACAUGGGGAAUCUGCAAGGACUGAAGUCCUGGAUAAAGGAAAAAUUGAAAAAAAUCGGAAAGUGCCUCGGCAUGAAGAUUUAUCUGCAGAUGAAACACAAGACAUUGAUGGAAUUGAAUCAGAAGCAACUAUAACAGCAAUAACAGCAGCUACUGUGGAAAAGAGUUCAAAUUUACACCGACAUACUGAAGCUCUUAAAAGCGCUUCCAACUCAAUUUUUAUACCGGGUAUGAAAAUAAAAGAUGAACCUUUAGAUGAAGGAUAUGAGAAAGCCUUGGCACCACAAGAAGGUGCAAGAAUUAAGGACGAACCUGAUUCUUUACAGGGGUACGGUCAACAUUCCAAGUCUCAGGAAUCUGAUAUCCGAAUCAGUGCAGUGUUUUCCGUGAGCGGUAGUCCACUUGUAUCCCAAUUGGUACAGCAAAAUACGUCAAAUGCUCUCAACACAGCAAAGUCAUCUGCAGGUGGCAGUGGGCAGACAGCUUCAGCUCCUAUGAGUGUACGGGUCACUUGUUCAGGAUGUAAGAAGAUUUUAAAGAAGGGACAGACUGCCUAUCAGAGGAAAGGUUCAACCCAGCUGUUCUGUUCCACCCUCUGCCUUACUGGACUCUCAGCAUCGACUCCAAGACUUCUCCCUCCUCCGAAAAAAUCCUGCUAUCUCUGCAACAAGGAAAUCAUGAACUUAAAAGACCUAGUAAUGGGUCAGAUUGACGGCAGGGGUCCAUACAAGGAAUUCUGUAACCAUAACUGCUUGUUUGAGAUGAAAAGGAAGUCUGCUUCAACGACAAAUAAUAUCACCACCAAAUGCAGCAUUUGUCAGAAAGUGUCUGUAGUCCGCCAUGAAGUGAACUACCAGAAUGUUGUACACCAACUUUGCAGUGAUAUAUGUUUCUCUAAGUUUCGAAUGGCCAACAAUCUCACAAUGAAUUGUUGUGAUAACUGUGGCGCUUAUUGUUACAGUGGGUCUGCGCAAUGUCACAUGCUUCAGACUGAAGGGCAGUGUAAGAAAUUCUGUGGUUCAGCCUGUUUGUCAUCUUAUAAACAGAAAAAUUCUAAGAUAACUCCCUGCACCUGGUGUAAAUGUCUGAGGUCAUCAGCUGAAAUGAUUGAAAAUACAAACUCCUUCGGAAAAGCUGAACUGUUUUGUUCAGUCAACUGCCUUUCAGCAUUUCGAGUGCAUGUGGUAACUACACAAGGUAGUACUAGUGUUCAAUGCAAUUACUGUAAAGUUACGAUGACACCUCAGUACCACCUUGCGAUGUCAGAUGGUAGCAUUCGGAAUUUCUGCAGUUAUAACUGUGUUGCAUCAUUUCAGGGGUUAUUCAGUCAGGCUGCUCCAGGCUCUCAAGCUGUUGUACCCCUAUCUCAGGGUCAGUUAGCAGUAAACAUUCCAUCAACUGCUUCAGUAGUGGCUGGUGCUCCUGUAGUUUCUUCAACUUCUGUCACCACAUCAGCAGCAGCUGGGUUACAGAGGCUUGCACAAUCCCAGCAGGUGACUGCGGCUCGUUCACUUAUCAGGCUGAAGUGUCAGUAUUGUCAGCGUUUGUUCUCCUCUAAGCCUGAGCUGCUCGAGUACAAGGGUAGAAUGAUUCAGUUUUGUGGAAGAUCUUGUUGUGAUGAAUACAAAAGGAUCAAUUCUGUGGUUGCAAUAUGUGAAUACUGUCGGUCGGAAAAGGUUGUUAAGGAGACUGUAAAGUUCUCAAGUGUUGACAAGCCAUUUUGUAGUGAAGGUUGCAAACUUCUUUACAAGCAUGACUUGGCAAAACGUUGGGGACUUCACUGUAAAUCUUGUAGUUCCUGUUCUCAAUCAUCGAAACGUCUACUUAACCAACAGUUUGGAGGGAAAAUAGAGGAAUUUUGCAGUGAAGAAUGUUUGUUCAAGUUUACUGUGCUGUUUUAUCAGAUGGCAAAGUGUGAUUGCUGCAAACGUCAAGGUAAACUAAAUGAGUCUAUUAAAUGGCAUGGACAAACCAAACAUUUCUGUAACCUUCAUUGUGUCCUUACAUUCUGCAAUCAACAUCACCUAGCAGAAACAGCACCUCAAGAGGGUAAAGUACCAGUACCAAAUCUUCCUAGUGUCCAUCGAAAGGAGUCUACUCCUGUUAUAGCAAACGUGAUGUCAUUAGCUAACACCCCACCAGUACAAAAUGCUGCUAAUUCAACAACAACUUUAAAUGGAGGAACCCGUACCACUUCAGGGACUCAGGUCAGCACUCAGACAGACCCCAUUCGGUUACAACCUUCUGCACCACCUAAGGUGCUCAAGAAUAAAGCACUACUCUGUAAACCUAUCUCACAGACCAAAGCAACCUCCUGUAGGCCCCAUACUCAGACCAAGGCUUGUCAGACAGAAGAGGAUUGGAAGCAACAAGUGAUUGUGUUACCCAUCCCUGUGCCAGUCUAUAUUCCUGUGCCUCUGCAUCUUUACUCUCAAUUCACACCAAUACCAAUAGGGAUGCCUGUGCCUCUCCCAGUUCCGAUGUUCAUUCCAACAACGUUGGACAGCGCAGACAGAAUAAUUGAAACAAUCCAGGAAAUAAAGGAGAAGAUUCCCUCAAAUCCCUUUGAAGCAGAUCUCCUAACAAUGGCUGCAAUGAUUGCAGAAGAAGAGGAGAAAGAGAAAACUAUUUCACACGGUGAUCAGGGUAGCACGUAUAGUGGGGAUCUUGAGUCCGAGGCAGUGUCUACACCACACAGUUGGGAGGAUGAAUUGAGCAAUUUUACCUUGAAACAGUCUCUCGCAUCUGCACCUGUACCUCCACCUCCACCACCAGCACCAGCAACUGAGCCAGAGAUACAGUCGUACUCCAUUGAAGGACCUGAGGACGAUCUCGAAGCUGACAUAUCAGUAGCUACCUUUGAAUUGUCACGCCGUGACCGAUUGGCAACAGCGCGACAGCAUAGAGCAAGGCAACGUGCAAAGAACAAAGAAGGCUUCCCUCAGCCAAGAAAACGGGGAAGGAAGAAAUCAAUUGUGGGGUACACUCGAGAUGUUGUACAGGAACCUGUAACUGGAGGAAGUGAUGUUGGUCUAUUUCUAAAGUAUAUGUAUGGUGUGAAGGCCUGGAAACGAUGGGUACAAUUUCGAAAUGACAAAGGAGAUCCCACGGAGGAGCUACGGUUUGGAUCUCGACCAAUUAAGCUAAAGGAGGAUAUUCUUUCAUGCACGGCUGCUGAGCUCAGUUAUGGACUAUGUCAGUUUAUUCAAGAAGUACGAAGACCAAAUGGAGAAAAGUAUGAGCCAGAUAGUAUCUUCUACCUUUGUCUAGGAAUUCAGCAGUACAUAUUUGAGAACAGCCGAAUUGAUAACAUCUUCACAGACCUUUAUUACACAAAAUUCACAUCAGAGCUUACAAAGGCGCUGAAAUUUUGGCAACCACAGCUUCUACCCAGUGGCCAGCUAUUUUGUCGAAUUGAAGAGGAACAUUUAUGGGAAUGUAAACAACUUGGAGCGUAUUCUCCUACGGUUCUUCUCAACACUUUACUGUUCUUCAAUACCAAGUACUUCCAGCUGAAAAGUGUCAGUGAACAUAUGAAGCUUUCUUUUGCUCAUGUUAUGAGGUGUACAAAGUCUUUGAAACAUAACACAAAGCUGACUUACCUGCGAUUCUUCCCACCUAUGUACAAAAAGGACAAAGAUAUAGAUAAGUUACAAUUUGGAAAGAGGAAGCGCAGUGAUGAGGAGGAGGAAGGUGCUAUGGAAAUGGCGGAAAACACAGACAAUCCACUCAGAUGUCCAGUGCGCCUCUUUGAAUUCUACCUGUCUAAAUGUUCUGAGAGCGUGAAGUCAAGAAGUGAUGUCUUCUAUCUUCAGCCGGAGCGCUCAUGUGUGCCUGACAGCCCCAUGUGGUAUUCAACUUUACCAACUGACCCUGCCAUUCUGGAUGCCAUGUUAACCCGUAUUCUCAUGGUACGGGAGGUUCAUGAGGAGCUUGCAAAGGUCAAUCAUGAGGAAGCUGAAGAGGAAGAUGCAUUUGAAUGAACUAGAUUUUUAUCCAUUUUUAAGCACUGAAUUUUAGAAUGCAU